CCAGCUCCCCUCUGUCCCCACACCGCUCCUCGAUGCCCUUCACGCCCUACUCCUGCCGCCCCAGGGAAGGCCAUGGAGUGCGCUGGCCGUGAUCCCUCCAACCCUUCCUCUCUCUUUCCCGCAGGCUGCACCAUGGACCUGGUCCUGGACGCCGCCGACCGGCACCUCCUCACGCCCUAUGUCUACCCCGCGGGCUGGCCCGAGGGCGAGCCCUGCCGCCAGCUCCUCAGCCUCUUCGUCAUCACUAACCUCGGGGCGCUGGCCCUCUACCUGCUCUUCGGCACCCUCAGCUACUACUUCAUCUUCGACCACCGACUCAAACAACACCCCCAGUUCCUAGAGAACCAGGUACGCCGGGAGAUCACCUACGCCCUGCGGUCCCUCCCCUGGAUCAGCGUGCCCACCGUUGCCCUCUUCUUCGCUGAGGUGCGAGGCUACAGCAAGCUCUACGACAACAUCGAGGACUCCCCGUACGGCUGGACGGGUGUCUUUCUCAGCAUGCUCUCCUUCCUCUUCUUCACCGACAUGGGCAUCUACUGGAUACACCGCGGCCUCCACCACAAACUGUUCUACAAGCGCUUCCACAAGCCCCACCACCUCUGGAAGAUCGCAACACCCUUCGCCAGCCACGCCUUCCACCCCGUCGACGGCUUCAUGCAGAGCCUGCCCUACCACGUCUACCCCUUCCUCUUCCCCCUCCACAAAGUCACCUACUUGGGCCUCUACAUCUUCGUCAACGUCUGGACCAUCUCCAUUCACGACGGUGACUACCGUGUCCCCCGCCUCCUGCGGCACAUCAUCAACGGCUCGGCCCACCACACCGACCACCACUUGUACUUCGACUACAACUACGGGCAGUACUUCACCCUCUGGGACAAGAUCGGGGGCUCCUACAAGAGCCCCACAGCCUUUGAGGGCAAGGGCCCCCACGACUACUUGCGCCAGCUCCGAGAGAAAGCCGCAGGGGCGCCCAACGGCCUCCCGGCCACCAAGACGGAAUAGGCUUCCCUCGGCCUGACCCCUCUCCGGGACCAGGUUCCCCGGCCGGAUCUCGUCCCAUUCCUCCCCAGCCUCUUGAGACCCUUUCCCCACAGACGCAGAGCCCCCGUCCCGCUACGGCGCAGCCAGCGCAGGGCCGUCCUUGGCGAGUUCUCCCGCCCGCCCCCGCUCCCGAAAUGGCGGUGUCCGGCCUCGUCGAUGAAUUACGGCCUCGCUCUACGCUGCUGACCUGAUCCCCCUACGGAUCCCCUUCCCGGCUGCCUUCGGAGCUCCGCUACCGCCCCUGUGCUUCAUUACUGGUCUGCUAAUGCUUUACCAAAAAUAAAAACAAAACUAUGGCAUGCCUGCAAAAAAAACGCCGCACAAAUACAACAAAAACAUGGCACAAAUACAACAAUAUUGUGGCACAACUCGAAGACACGUGGUGCGUGGCGGUGUCUCUGUCCCUCCAUGCAGCGUGCCAUCGUCUCCCAGUCCUCCUUGCUCUCACAGGGAGUCCAUUGGGACGAGUCGCGUCAAGUCGAGGGUCUGACGAUGCCACUUUUUAACGUUUUACUUUCCAGCUGUAUUUUGUGAAAAAAAGACGCGACUUCCUACCUUUUGACGAUGGCGUGGAUCCUCCCGACAGCUCCUCGGCGUGAAGAGGGCUCGCCCUCGAGAUGCUGUGGGACUCCUCGCCGCUCCCUGCACUCUCCUCCUUCCUCUGGCAUGGCGAUGUCCCGUGGGAUGUUGAUGGGACGCAUCCCAGGAACGGGGCGCCUGUAGGAGGCAAAGGCACGUUGAGUCCUGGGGGUCCCUGGAGCUCCCGGAGGACGUUGCGGGAUGGGGCGGGGGAGGAAUGGGCACUCGCGGGUUCCUGGCCGGCUUUCCCCCUUCCUCCUCCUGACGCCCGGCCACCCGUUGGGUCUGACCGGCGCUCAAUAAAACUCUCUUGCCAAA